GGCCCCGGCAUAUAAGGGGCGAAGGGCGCCGCCGCCACAGGCGGGGGCACCACCAAGCAGGACUCGGCUCCCACGGCUUCUGCGUCCCGGCCCCCGCCAUGGCCCGCCCGGUCCUCCUGCUGGGCCUGGCCCUGCUCGCCGGGCUGCUGCCCGCCCUGCCCGCCUGCCCCCCGGCCUGCCACUGCCACGGCGGGGACCUGCAGCACGUCAUCUGCGACAACGUGGGCCUGCGCCGCCUGCCCAAGGUGUCCGAGAAGACGCGGCUGCUGAACGCUCAGCGCAACCACUUCCCCGUGCUGCCGGCCGGGGGGUUCCGGCCCGCCAAGGGGCUCGUGUCCCUGCACCUGCAGCACUGCCGGGUGCGGGAGGUGGCGGCGGGCGCCUUCCGAGGCCUCAAGAGCCUCGUCUACCUGUACCUGUCGCACAACGCCAUCAGCGUGCUGCGUGCCGGCGCCUUCGACGACCUGACGGAGCUCACCUACCUCUACCUGGACCACAACGAGGUGGGCGAGCUGCCGCGCGGCCUGCUGGCCCCGCUGGCCAACCUGUUCAUCCUGCAGCUGGGCUCCAACAAGCUGCGGGAGCUCCAGGCCGGGGCCUUCCAGGGCGCCAAGGACCUGCGCUGGCUCUACCUGACCGACAACGCGCUGGGCGCCAUCCAGCCCGCCGCCCUGGCCGACGUGGAGAACCUCGCCGUCCUGCACCUGGACCGGAACCAGCUGGUCACCUACCCGGCCGCCGCGCUGGCCAAACUGCGCGUGGUGGAGGAGCUCAAGCUAUCGCACAACCCGCUCAAGGCCAUCCCGGACAGGGCAUUCCAGUCUUUCGGCCGCUACCUGGAGACCCUCUCUCUGGACCACGCCAACCUGGAGAAGUUUUCAGACGGCGCCUUCCUGGGGGUGACUGCGCUGAAACACGCACAUCUGGACCACAACCGGUUGAGCGAGCUCCCGGCCAGCUUCCCCUUCGACAAGCUGGAGACGCUCACCCUCAACGACAACCCCUGGAAAUGCACCUGUCAGCUGCGGGGUCUCCGAAAGUGGCUGGAGGCCAAGCCCUCGCGCCCCGGAGCCACCUGUGCGUCUCCGGCCAAGGUCCGAGGCCAGAGCAUCGGCAACACCGCAGCCCUGCGCGGCUGCAGGUCCCCUUCCAAGCGGUCCAGGAAGGGCGGUCGCCAUUAAGCAGGUCCGGCUCUACCCGGUCCAGGUGACCGGCCCUCGCCUCCGCCGGAGCCACUACUGAUUCCUCCGGCUGCCGUCCCCCCCGGCCUCCUGCGCCCCAAGCACACUCAGCUAUUUCCCGCGAGGAGCCCCACGGGCCGUCCCCAGCCUCCCCCGCCCGGGGAGGGGUUGCGGGGUUUUGGGGGGGUGGAGGGGGUCUUCGCUUUCUAUCGCCUCCCCACACCGCCACAGGGAGGCCCUCCUUUUCGGGCACUGACGCUGCGAGCCGGAGUCAGCGCCCGAGCCAGCCCAGCCCAACAGGGACAGGAGGCCCCCAGAGUCCAGUGGCUCCGGGCCCAUUCCUGCUCUCCCCCCAAAUUAGAAAGGGGGCUUCACUCUCUCCCCCACCCCCACACUCUCACCAGGGCUGGGCUUCGCUGGCCAGCUCUGCCCACGGCCGUCCGGCGGUGGCUGGACACGCGGUCCAGCUGUGUACGUAUGUGGGGGGUUUAUACAG